AUGGAGAGCGGUUUGAUAUCGGUGGACCGGUGGAAGAGUGGGAGUCAGGCCUACUUCUUGACUCAUAUGCACUCCGACCACACUCGCGGCCUCUCCCCCAACUGGUCCCAUGCUCCUCUCUUCUGCUCCCGCACCACCGUCCCCGGCUUCGACCUCUCCUUGCUCCGCCUCGUCCCCCUCUCUUCUUCCUGGCAAUCUCUCUCCCUCCGCUCUCCUUCCUCCGGCUCCCCCGUUCUCCUCCAUUUCAUGGCCAUCGACGCCCACCACUGCCCCGGAUCGGUGAUGUUCAUGUUCCGUGGAGACUUCGGAUGUUUUCUCUACACAGGAGACUUCCGUUGGGAAUGUGAGGAUGCUGCUGCAGAGGAAGCAAGGACCACUCUCGUCGCUGCUGUCAACGACUUCCCCGUCGACAUUCUCUACUUGGAUAACACCUACUGCAACCCCGUCUACACCUUCCCUUCCCGUCAUGUCGCUGCCAAUCUGAUUGCCCACCUAAUCCUCUCUCAUCCUUCCCACGAUAUCGUCAUUGGAGUUGACUCUCUGGGCAAGGAAGAUCUUCUCGUUCACCUCUCCCGUAUUCUCAACAUCAAGAUUUGGGUUUGGCCAGAGCGACUCCGCACCAUGCACCUCCUUGGUUUCCAAGACAUUUUCACCACUGACACGUCUCUUACCAGAGUCCGUGCUGUCCCUCGCUAUAGUUUCAGCAUUCAGACGCUCCAGGGGCUCAAUCUCAUGUGCCCAACCAUCGGCAUCAUGCCUUCGGGUCUCCCAUGGCUCAAAACACCUUUCAAAGGAGAUGCCAAUCUCUCUGGUUCUCUCCUUACUGCUAACAAUCGUAGGAAGCCUGCAGCUCAACAGAGAGAAUUACUACUACUACAAGGGGCGGUGCAUAUGUUCCAUGACAACAUGUUUUCGGUGAACUACUCUGAUCACUCAUGCUACCAGGAGAUUGGAGAGUUUAUAAAUCUUGUCAAGCCCAAGAGCAUGAAAGGCAUUGUGGUUUCAUCCUCAUGCUAUGUUGAUCCUCUCUACUAUUUUGGGCGUGUCUGCGGUGCUAGCGAACCUCCAGAGUUGCUUCUUUUGAGGCCUGACUCCAGAGAGCAAUUUCGAGCUGUUAGGAUCAAGUCAUAUUCUACCAAGGACGAGACAAUAAAUUCCCAAAAGGAAAAAUGGAGAAAGGGAGAUGGCCAUUCGAGUUUGAGGAGAAACAAGAAGAGGAGAGCACGUAUACAAGUUAAGUGCGCCAAAAUUGCAGAUGUUGAUUAGCAUUACUUGGGGCUCUGGGUAGUGUGUAUAACAUGGAACGGCUUCUUAAUUUAACCAAAGCUUAAUUACAAUGCUGCAAAGACGUUUUCUCUGUUUGAGAGGGAGAGGGGCAUAAAUAAACGGUAUAUAAGUAUUACAUUAAAUGGUUUUGUUUGAUUAAUCAAAAUUCAAUCU